GAGGAUGAGGAAGCCGAUGAACACGAAGGAGCCGAGGACGACGAAGACGGCAAUGAUCCUUACGAAGCUCAUUUUGCCAAUCCAGACGAUAACGAGCUGUCAAGGCGACUAAAGUCCGUGCAGGCAGGCGAAUGGAGGACGGAGCAAUAUGUCAUUGGCAAAGCUGCUCGAGUAGCAAUCUCGAUACCCAGUUGCAUCGAUGCCAAUCCGCCGCGGAAACACGCAAAAAGUGUAGCGGAAUUGCCGCUGAAGGAGCGUCUGGCGAAGAACGCAACAGGCAAAGUCAGCGUCGACACUGAACUGGAUCGCAACAUUUCAUCGCUCAUGUUCAGUUACAACGAUCUGCUUGUUGCGAACAGAACGCCUAGCAAUGCAGGCGAGCUGCGCAAUAUGGCAUGUCUCCACGCGGUGAACCACGUCUUGAAAGGGCGGGACAAGGUCAUUAAGAACAAUGAACGUCUCCGACACGCUGCAGCCACCGACUCUCAACAAGACCUGGACUGUCGUGACCAAGGUUUCGUACGUCCGAAAGUUCUGAUUCUGCUGGAGACUCGCCAAAUGGCCGUUGCAUACGCCAAUGCAAUUGUGGCUAUGUUUGCUCCGGAGCAGCAAGAAAAUCGCAAACGGUUCGACGACGCAUUUACCGCUCCGAUCGACGAAGACAGCACCAUGCCCGAGGACUACCAAGAGCUGUUCGCCGGGAAUAAUGACAACUCCUUUUUGACUGCAUUGAAAUUCACCCGGAAGACCCUCAAGUUCUAUUCCGCAUUCUAUGCCUCCGACAUCAUCCUCGCUUCGCCAUUGGGUCUGCGGCGAGUCGUGGAGCACGAAGAUGUCAAGAAGCGAGACCACGACUUCUUGUCCUCGAUCGAACUUGUGAUCGCCGACCAGGUCGAUGCGAUGUGCCAACAGAACUGGACGAAUGUUACCACCGUCUUCAGCAAUCUGAAUCUCCCUCUCAAAGAGUCGCACGACUGCGACUUCUCCCGCGUGCGAUCAUGGUAUCUGGACAACCAUGCGAGCUCACUACGCCAGACGGUCCUUUUGACCGCCUAUAUCACUCCAGAGAUACUCUCGCUUUAUAACUCCCUGACGCCUAUAUCAGCGAAAGCGAGGAUUUCGCCCUUCCACUCCGGCGUCUUGACCACUGGAUCCGCGCUAGGAAUCAAGCAGACCUUCUCUCGGUUCCCUUCGCCGACACCCGCAGCAGAUCCAGAUGCCCGUUUCAAAUACUUCACGACUGCCAUUCUGCCUUCUCUCAUGCGACUUCCUCGACCGGCAGACAACGCGCCUGGCAUCUUGGUCUUCAUUCCCACAUAUUUCGACUUCCUACGAGUUCGAAACUUCUUCGCCACGUCACCGCUGACGGAGAACAUCGCUUUUGGUGCUAUUCAUGAUUACUCCGCUGUUUCCGACCAAAGACGAGCGAGGAGUCAUUUCUUGAGUGGCAGAUUCACCGUGCUGCUGUACACGCAGCGUGCCCACCACUUCUUCAGGCUGAAGAUCCGAGGCGUCAAGCGGGUUGUCUUCUAUGGAUUGCCGGACGCUCCUGUGUAUUAUGAUGAAGUGGCUGGUGGCUUUCUGGGCUCCAGUGUGAACGAUGGCAAGAUCGGUGCCGAGGAGGCGAAAGUCAGGAGUGUCUUCGGACGAUGGGAUGGUUUGAGGCUGGAACGAGUCGUAGGCACAGAGCGAGUCAAGGGCUUGCUCCAAGAAGGGGCGGGAGAUACUUUCGAUUUUGUGUAG